CAGGCUCAGCUCCGGGCUCGGCUGUGGUCGCCAGUACUAGUAAUGGCCGCCGUCUCCCCAAUACCGAAUUGAUACUUUAUUUGGAUACAUUGUAUCACAGCCCGGAGCAACAUGGCGAAUAGGAGAGGAGAGCUGACCGGGGAGGAGAAGACGCUGGUGACGGUCAUCUCCAAAGGGAAUGUUCAGGAAGCCGUCACACUCCUGGGGAGUAAAGAUGUUCGUGUUAACUGUUUGGAUGAGCACGGGAUGACCCCCCUGAUGCACGCCGCCUACAAGGGGAAGGUGGACAUGUGUGAACUGCUGCUGCAGCACGGCGCCGACGUCAACUGCAACGAGCACGAGCACGGAUACACCGCCCUGAUGUUCGCUUGUCUGUCAGGGAAAAAAGAAAUCGUCUGGAUGAUGUUGGAGGCCGGGGCUGACACCGACGUGGUCAACUCUGUGGGGAGAACGGCCGCGCAAAUGGCAGCUUUUGUAGGCCAGCACGACUGCGUUACCGUCAUUAACAAUUUCUUUCCACGUGAAAAGUUGGAUUAUUACACCAAACCUCAAGGGUUAAGUAAAGAACCAAAGUUGCCUGUGAAGUUAGCCGGACCCUUACACAAGAUCAUCACAACCACCAACCUCCACCCGGUCAAGAUAGUUUUCCUGAUCAAAGAAAACCCGCUGCUGCUGGAACCGGAAGCCCUGAAGAAAUGCAGCGCGGUGCUGGAUCUGGUCUGCGAGAAGUGCAUGAAGCAGCGGGACAUGAACGAGAUCCUGGCCAUGAAGAUGCAUUACAUCAGCUGCAUCCUCCAGAAGUGCAGCAGCUGCCUGCAGGAGAGCUCGCUGGACGCGCUCAUCAAAAGCUUACUGAAGGGUCGAGACGGCGACUGUUUUACAGUUUACCAAGAAAAGUUCAUCAGGGAAAGUAUCCGGAAAUUUCCAUAUUGCGAGGCUACGCUCCUCCAGCAACUGGUUCGAAGCAUCGCCCCUGUGGAAGUGGGUUCUGACCCCACCGCCUUCUCUGUGCUGACACAAGCCAUUACCGGCCAGGUGGGCUUUGUGGAUGCAGAGUUUUGCACCACGUGUGGAGAGAAAGGUGCAGAUAAGCGGUGCUCUGUCUGCAAGCUGGUCAUCUACUGUGGCCAGAACUGUCAGAAGCUUCACUGGUUCACCCACAAGAAAGUCUGUAAAAUCCUGAAGGAAAAACGGGAGAAACAAGAGCUGGAGGCGGCCAAAGAGAAGAGGAGGCAGGAGAAGCUGGCCGAGAAAGAGCAUACGUCUGCUGAGUCCAGUGCGGUGCAGGAAAAGAAGGAUGAAGGUGACGAUGAAGUUUCCAAAAAAGAAGAGGAGAAAGAGCUGGAGGAUCCGGCGGAGGAGACUGAGACCUCUGCACCAUCUGAAGAGACCUCCCCCGAUCCAGGCCAGGUGACCCCACAGGACGGGGCAGGACAAUGAUCUGAUCACUGCUGUCCUAUGACGCGGUGCGAUAAGGUGUGCUAUCUGCUUCCUGUUGCUGACGAACUACAAGUCCCAGCUUGGUGGUAGUUCUUCAAAUGGGAGGAGAGGCAGAUUCCAGUAUGAGGUCAUCUGUGUGCAGAAGCGGGAGCCCCCAACAUCCCAUCCCAACCCCCUAACACCAUCAGAAACAUCUGCGCCCAUCGACCACGUGACCAAUACGGGAUGGUGUUCUGUACGUGUUCCACACAGUUUUUUGGGAUGUUUGAGUUUGUUUUAUCAGUGUCUGGGAAAGCUGGGUGAUGAUCAAUAUGGUUGCCGUUACAGUGCAAAAAUAAUUCUUCUUCAGCUUCCUAGAUUUCUGAAUUGCAGCCCUGCCUUAUUAUGCAGCAAUAUGGAUGGAUUUGUCAUUCAGGAAUCUGGUUAAGCUGGGUGUCAUUCUGUGCUGCGCCCACUACAUUGCCAGUCACCCAACUUUCCCAGAGACUGAAGUAUAAAAACUGAUAAACAGAAUUGGAUUUUUGUUUCUGAAUUCACAUGGUGCAGAUUUGUGGGGAGAAACUGUAUUUUUUCAUCUAUAAUAUCUCAAUUCAGAUGAGUAAAAUUCUGUGACCAAUCUGUGUGAACUCUACUCUAAAAAGCUGUGUCAACUGGGACCGAUAUGAUGGCGACGUCAGCUCCCUCAUUGGUAAGCGCUCACCUAGACUCCUGAAUGGCAGUUAGUUAGUCAGCAGUAUGGUUAGCAGGAAUGUAUUGCCGCAUAAACCCGUCAGAUAUGCCAUUCAGAAAUCUGGAAAAGCUGGGUCACACUCCAUGUAGUAGCUGUAAUGGCACACACAUUAAAGGACUUUAAGUUUUAAUUUUUCUGCCCAUAUCAGGCACACUCACCAUCACUAUUCCUUCAGUGUCAUCUAUUUUAUUCCAGCACAGCUGCAUCCAUACAGUUCAUUACUGUAACUGGGUCAUGUGUUCAUCAGCCAGACACUCAAAAAAUCAGUGUUUCAGAGGGAAGGGUCAGUCCUGGAUCAGCUGACUUUAUCUGAACUAUUGGAUAACAGCCUCCUGGUAACUCCCAGAAACCUCCCCUUUAGCUCUAUCUGUAUACUGCUGCAGCUAUCUCUAUGGGAUCAGUAUAUAUAGUAGUUAUACACCUCCCCUCCAGCUCUAUCUGUAUACUGCUGCUAUCUCUAUGGGAUCAGGAUAUAUUGUAGUUAUACACCUCCCCUCCAGCUCUAUCUGUAAACUGCGGCUGUCUCUAUGGGAUCAGGAUAUAUAGUA